AUACAUAGCUUCUUAAACCCUCCUAAAACCCCCCAAAUCAUUUCUUCUUCUUCGUCUUCCCCAAAAUGAAUACCUUAUGGAAACAAAAACAAAAUCAAAUACAUUUUCAUAGAACCAUAAUCAACCGUUUUUAUGGAAAUGUAUCGAAUACACGCAAUAAAUAUGAGAAGCGUGACUGGGUUUACGCUAGAAUUGCACCAUUAGGUAGCCCAGAAUUGUCUAUGGUUCCAGUACUGGAAGAAUGGGUUAAAGAAGGAAAACAAGUGGGGAAAACUGAGCUUCAGUGGAUUGUCAAAAGAUUAAACGGCUAUGGAAGAUACAAACAUGCCCUUGAGGUAUCUCAUUGGAUGACAGACAGAAGAUAUUUUUCUCCCCAACCUGUUGAUGUUGCAACACGAAUUAAUCUGAUUCAUAAGGUUAAAGGCCUAGAAAAGGUUGAAAAAUACUUCAAUAGCAUUCCGCAGAUACUGAGACGCUCCAAUGUGUAUACCGCUCUUCUCAAUUGCUAUACCAACGAGAAGUCUGUAGAGAAAGCUGAGGCCAUAAUGCAACAACUAAGAGAUAUGGGGUCUGCCAAGGAUACAUUGUGCUACAACUGUAUGAUGAAACUCUAUUAUAAAACAGGAACAUGGGAGAAAAUGGAUGAUCUGAUGAAUGAAAUGAAGCAGAAAGGCAUAAAUUUUGAUCAGUUCACGCUCACGAUAAGAUUAACUGCAUAUGCAGCUGCCGGAGAUUGUGAGGGGAUGGAUAAAAUAGUAUUGAUGAUGGAGUCUGAUAAGCAUCUCAUUUUGCACUGGACUACUUACAAUAUUGCAGCAGAGUUGUAUUUGAAAGUUGGGCAGGUGGAAAAAGCUUUACAGUUGCUGAGUAAACUGGACAGCAUGAUUUUGACUCGUGCAAAAAGUUGUGAUGCAUAUAAUUCAUUGUUAAAACUGUAUGCGGAAGCUGGAAAGAAAGAAGAGGUGCACCGAGUGUGGGAUUUGUAUAAGAAGAACAUGAAAAUUCUUAAUAAAGGUUACAUUGCUGUGAUGAGGUCAUUGAUGAGAUUUGGUGAUACAGAAGGAGUUGAGAAGAUCUUUGAGGAAUGGGAAUCGGAAGAUUUGUCCUAUGAUUUUCGUGUUCCAGACGUAUUGAUUCGCAGUUACUGUAGAAAUGGUCUUCUGUGGAAGGCUAAGGCCCUAAUGGACAAAGGAAUGUCAAAAGGGGGUGUUCCUUGGGUCACCACAUGGUGCCACUUGGCGGAUGGGUACAUACAUGACGAUCGAGUCGCCGAGGCUGUAGAAGCAUUGAAGAAGGCCAUCUCAAUAUGCCCACCUAAAUAUAAACCUAGCAGGGAGACCUUAGUUACAUGUGUAAAAUACUGGGAGAAGCAAGGAAAUGUGGAUAAUGCAGAGGACUUCGUAAGGACUUUAAAGACGGGGCAUAUGUUCUCAGCAGUUUUUUGUGACAAAUUGUUGCAUUUCAUUAAGGAAGAAAAAACUCUACAAACCUGGGUGACAACAGCUGGCUUGACCGACUCUUGCAAAUUUAGGUCUGACCAACCACAGCUGUAACUUGUAAAGUAUGAACUGAAGCUAUUAAGCAGACUAGAUAUGGAGCAACUAAAGAGAGACAAACGCUGAUAUUUAUCAUUGAAACUCACCUAUGGUUAGUCUCAAGUGAUAUUAGGCAGCAUAUUCAUUAGGCUGUAACUAAGUUACUUCAAGAUUGUCCUCAAGAGAGACAAACGCAUUGUACUUCUUACCAUACAUUUUGUCAAUAUAUGAGCUUUGUUAAAAGGCCAAAAUUCAACAGAAUGUGGAUCUUCUUUGUUUUGGUAACAAAACCAAAGUUCCCUUUCCUGAGCGUGUUUGAAUUUGGUUAUGAAGGUACAUUACUUCGUUUACGCCAUAUGGUGUUAUUGUAGUUUAAGAAUUGUAACAAUCUCCUCCCUUGUAGAGAAGCUGAAA